AAAAUGGAUAUGAACUAAUUUGGUAUGAGAAGGGGAGAGUUGGGGUGUGCGGUGGGUGUUAUGUGACGGUGGGGUUGGUCGGUUUGUGUGGAGUGGCUGAUGGGUUGGUGCAGGGCGGUGUUGUUGGAAAUGCUUGGGAGUUUGCUAAAAAAUUGCUGAAGUACUCGAGCUCGAACUCGAGCCAUAAAAAAUAAAAUCGAGCUCGAGCCAACCAAAAAUGGGCGAACUCGACUGGAUUACACCCCCUACAUUGAAUAUUUUCCAAGAAUAUUGAAGUUGUACUUCUGGUAGCGAAUAUCAAAAGUCCAAACUUUAAAAGGACGCGUGUGCAAAUUCUUCAAAUUCUUAUAGAACUUUAAGGCACUGUUAGGACUAUUGUUUUUUCUCACGGGACAGAGUUUGACUGUAAACCUCUUCUCCUCGCUGUCUAGAGAACAGCAAAUGGCAAUGGCAAGGCGCUACAGUAAUAGACUCGUCUCCUCAAUCAUCCAGUUCACCCGAUUCUACUCUUCUGGUCCCUUUGACCCACCGCCCUUUUUGCCCCCUCGUAGAGUUGUUGUCACAGGUUUAGGAAUGGUUACUCCUUUGGGGUGCGGGGUGGAGGUCACCUGGAAGCGUUUAAUAGAAGGGGAGUGUGGCAUUAGGGCAGUAACUAUUGAAGAUCUGAAGAUGAAUGGAUUUGAUAGAGAGACACAGCUACAUACCUUUGAUCAAUUGACAUCCAAAGUUGCUGGAAUUGUACCCUGUGGGGCCAAUCCUGGUGAAUUUAAUGAGGAGUUGUGGCUUAACUCUAAGGAUCAUAAGUCAACUGCCAGGUUUAUAAGCUACGCACUAUGUGCAGCUGAUGAGGCGCUAAGAGAUGCGAAUUAUAUGCCCACUACACAGGAUGAGAAGGAAAGAACGGGAGUUUCCAUAGGUGCAGGAACUGGUAGCAUCAGCGACAUAUUGGAUGCUUCAAAAAUGAUCUGUGAGAAGAAACUACGCCGACUCAGCCCAUUUUUCAUCCCAAGGAUACUGAUAAACAUGGCUUCUGGCCACGUGAGCAUGAAGUAUGGAUUUCAGGGACCAAACCAUGCUGCAGUGACAGCUUGUGCUACUGGUGCACAUUCUAUUGGAGAUGCCGCCAGAAUGAUUCAAUUUGGAGAUGUUGAUGUUAUGGUUGCCGGGGGAACUGAAGCAAGCAUCGAUGCUUUGUCUAUAGCAGGAUUCUGUAGGUCAAGGGCAUUGACCACCAAGUACAAUGCUGUGCCUGAAGAAGCCUCAAGACCUUUUGAUUGUGCCCGUGAUGGGUUUGUUAUAGGUGAAGGUUCUGGCAUCCUUGUUUUGGAGGAACUGGAGCAUGCAAAGAAGCGAGGAGCUAAAGUCUAUGCUGAGGUCCGUGGUUAUGGGAUGUCAGGUGACGCGUAUCACAUUACUCAACCACAUGCUGAUGGAAGAGGGGCUGUUUUGGCCAUGACACGUGCCCUGAAGCAGUCUGGCCUGAACCCUAACCAAGUGGAUUACGUUAAUGCACAUGCUACAUCUACUCCUUUGGGUGAUGCUGUGGAAGCCAAGGCAAUUCAGUCUUUAUUUUCCGAUCAUGCAGCAUCUGGGGCUUUAGCCUUUUCCUCCACAAAGGGUGCUAUUGGACAUCUGCUCGGGGCAGCUGGAGCAGUUGAAGCAUUAUUCUCUAUAUUAGCCAUACACCAUGGAAUCGCACCCUUAACACUCAACCUCAGCAAACCGGAUCCUGUUUUUAGUGGCAAUUUCAUGCCUUUGAGUGCUUCAAAGAAGAUGACCAUCAAAGCAGCCUUGUCAAACUCUUUCGGCUUCGGGGGAACAAAUUCAUCACUGCUUUUUGCUUCUAUAGAUUGAGAACAUGAAAUUUGGUGAACAGAGAUCCUAAAGAACAGGUGUUAUUUAUCAUGUGCAUUGAGAUUUUGGUUGACUAUUCUAUUUAUUCUUUUCUUAGGACUGCAUGCCCAAAUAGGCCUAGUUGUCUUAUGAAACUAAAAACUUUAUUUUCCUCGUUCUGUAUUUUCUGAAAUCACUGAGAGAGAAUGUAUGUUUAUGUGACUUUGUGAGUUACUUUUGAUGAAUC